UGUCUCUGAUUGGCUUACGGCUUUGGGGAAUUCAAACAACUCACAGACUUACGUUGGAAUUUUUACGCAAAAUUCGAAGUAUCUGAUUAUUCUAGAUGGUAUCAGAGUCCAAGUGUAAUAAAUUGCAUUACAAAACUUCUGCUAAACAUUCAUGUUUUUGUAACCAAAAGUUCUUUGAGAAAUCUGGUUGCUUCCGUAUUGGCCAAUGACAUAGCGUCUUGCAGAGACAGAUCUAGUGGGUUGAACAGAGGUUCAUUCACCACACAGGAGAAUAUUGCGUUUGGAAGAGAAUCUAGGUUUUCGUGUCAGAUAUUUCGUUCCGGAGAAUGAUCUACAUGGCGAACGUUAACGGCUACGUGGAUCUGCUCGAAGGCAUUCCAGAUGAGACAAAAGAAGAAAUGGUGGAGCUGAAUAACACCCUGGACAAGCUGGACUCCUGCCUGGACGCCCUGGAGGAACAGAACGACUCGCUGAACGCGAAGUUACGCGACCUUCUCCAGUCCAGCCAGCAGGCUCGGCAGGAGCUACAGGCCGAGAGGCAGUCCCUGGAGACGGAUCAGAACACAGAAUCCAGCCAGACAAAAUCAGAUCAGGAACAGAAGAAACAGUAGCACUGAUAUACAAGCCUUCUAAAUUGUCUUAGACUCCAGUUAGCAAUUUGAUGUAGAUAAACGGAAAGUAGGGAAACAGAGGUACGCAAUAGGCUGAAGCCGUAUCUGUAUCUGUAUCAGUAAAUCUGCUAGGAAAGUACUUUUUUUAUACCACCUCUAGCUCUGGCUUUAUUUUAGUCUACCAAGUUAUGGAUCCUUCUCCAGUCCACUCAGCAAGCACAACAGGAACUACAGGCAGAGAGGCAGUCCCUGGAGAUGGAUCAGAACACAAAAUCAGACCAGGAGCAGAAGAAAAAGUAACAUUAAUAUCCACUCAUAGAUACUAGCCUUCCAACUUACUAAUAAUGUCUUAGCCUCCAGUUAGCAAUUUGAUAUAGAGUAAGAGAGAGUAGGGAAACAGAGGUACGCAAUAGGCUGAAGCCAUAGAUCUGCUAGCAAAGUACAUAAUACUUUCUUAUACCACUGCUAGCUUUGUGUCAGCCUACAGAGUUAUGGAGCGUAAUCCAGUCCAGUCAGCAAGAACAAUAAGAGCUACGGGCUGUGCUGACAAUCUCAGAAAACAGAACACAGAACCAGGCAUAAAAUCAGGCCAGGAGUAAAAGAAACAUUAGCUAGCAUUGGUGUCCACUGCUAGGACUUAAACUAAUAAAUAAUUCUGAAGAACCAA